AUGUAUAGCUCACAAAACAAUUUAAACGUCACCUAUUCCCAAGAAUACAACAAUAAUAUCCUCAUGAGUGAUAAUAAAGAUGACAAGAAUUAUAAUUUCAUCACUGAAGAUGAACCAAAUUCUAUUGCAUCCACAAUAAUAGAAGGUAAUUCCAAUGAAGAAAAUUAUAAUCGUUCCACUGAUGAUGAUGAUGAUGAAGAUUUCAUCGAACCUACAGAAGAAGAAAUGAGAACUUUAAAACGUGUAGGUGGUUAUAUCCCUGCAAGAUGUUGGUUAAUGGCAGUCAUUGAAUUAUCCGAAAGAUUCUCAUACUAUGGUCUUUCGGCUCCUUUCCAAAACUAUAUGCAAAAUGGUCCUUACGAUACUCCACCAGGUGCCCUUUCGUUAAAUACUCAAGGUGCUACAGGUUUGUCAUACUUCUUCCAAUUUUGGUGUUAUAUUACACCUAUUUUUGGUGGUUAUAUGGCCGAUACUUAUUGGGGUAAAUAUAACACCAUUUGGGUUGGUGUCAUAAGUUAUAUAUGUGGUAUUUUCAUUCUUUUCAUGACUUCAUUACCUAAAUUAACUUCUUACUCUGCUGCUAUGGGUGGGUUUAUUGUUUCAAUUAUUAUCAUUGGGUUAGGUACUGGUAUGAUUAAAGCAAACUUGUCUGUUAUGAUUGCUGAACAAGUUCCCAAACGGAAAAGAAGAAUUAUUACACGGAAAGAUGGUACAAGAGUCAUUGAAGAUCCAGAUAUCACUUUGCAAAACGUUUUCAUGGCUUUCUAUUUCAUGAUUAAUGUCGGUUCUCUAUCGGUUAUGGCUACUACAGAAUUAGAAGCUCGUAAGGGGUUCUGGGCUGCUUAUUUGUUACCAUUUUGCUUCUUUUGGGUUGCCGUUGUUGUGUUGAUGAUUGGUAAUAAAAGAUUUAUUAAAGUACCUAUUGGUGAUAAGACAAUCUCUAAAUCAUUCAAAGUUGUUGGUAUUUUAAUCAAAAAUAAAUUCAAUUAUGAAUCUGCCAAACCAUCUAUUCACCCAGAAUGUAAUUAUCCUUGGACUGAUAAAUUUGUUGAAGAAAUUAGAAGAGCCAUUAAGGCUUGUAAUGUGUUUUAUUUCUAUCCAAUCUAUUGGGUUUGUUAUGGUCAGAUGUUAAAUAAUUUCGUCACUCAAGGUGGUCAAAUGGAAUUACAUGAUUUACCAAACGAUUUCUUACAAGUCAUUGAUUCUAUUGCCUUGAUUGUAUUUAUUCCAAUUUGUGAAAGAUUAAUCUAUCCAUUUGUAAGAAGAUUUACACCUUUGAGACCAAUUACCAAGAUCACCAUUGGGUUUUUCUUUGGUUCAUUCUCCAUGGUUUGGGCUGCCGUCUUACAAUGGUUUGUUUAUCAAAAGCCACCAUGUUAUUAUCACCCAACCAAUUGUCCUAAUGGACCAAAUCAUAUCCAUGUCUGCUGGCAAGUUCCUGCUUAUUGUUUGAUUGCUCUUUCUGAAAUUUUUGCAUCAAUCACUGGUUUAGAAUAUGCUUAUUCCAAAGCUCCUGCAUCUAUGAAAUCAUUUAUCAUGUCUAUUUUCCUUUUCACAACAGCUAUAGGUUCUGCCUUAGGUGCUGCAUUAUCACCAGUCUCCAUCGACCCAAAAUUCACAUGGCAAUACGUUGGUUUAGCCGUUUCAUGUUUCAUUGCAGGUAUUGCAUUCUGGUUGUGUUUCAGUAGAUAUAAUGAUGAAGAAGAUGAAUUAAAUAAUAUUGAUGAUCAACCUGAUGUUAUUCAAAUCUCAUCUGAAAACGAAAAUGACGAUUUAGAAGCCAAGAAUUCUAUUAGAUCAAGAGUCAUUAGUACAUAUCCCUACGAAAGUGACUGA